CUAUCUACUAUUUUUUUCUCUCUUUCUCUUUUUUAUUGCAAAAUGGGUCUCGUUCAAAAAUAUAAAAAUAAAAUUUCUCAUUAAACGUAUGUGUAGAAAAAAAUUAGAAUGAAAAUUUGUGCUAUACAUUAAAAAGAAAGUAAAGUCUAAAUAAGAAGAAAGUGAUGAGAGAGGAAAGGUGUGGCGUGGGUAGAUAAAGAGUGUAUCUGGAUUCUGAUCUGAAUAUAUUGGCACGCAUAAAAGGGAACGAACGUAAUGGCUGCAGCAGCGUUGCUCGAACUUGAUCGAGUUCUCAAGUCCAAGAAGGAAAUGUUGACGCCUCGGGAAGCAAAUAUUCUUCUAUCGUGGAAAUCUAAAUCUCUGAUGGAUCUCGCUGCCGGUGCACUUGGUGGGACCGCAGCUGCAGGGGCUGCAACUUGGAAACUCAAUGGACUAUUUCGAAUAUGCCUUUCAGCAGGAUUUGGUACUUACUGUGGACCGUGGAUGUUUAAUAGAUCCUCGUAUUCUCAUGCAGAUCAGAUUCUUACAAUGGAUGGUAGUAUAUUACAGAAGGAGUUAGCGAAUAUAACGGUGACAAAAUACCAGAAUGAUCCUUUGCUAAUGCGGCUUAUAUCUAAGCAUUUGUACUUGGAGAGGAUUUUUGAUGAUUCAACCUCUAAUAAUCCUACAUUAAGAUGGAGAUACCGGAAUUUCUUUAGCGAUAAUGCAGUCAAUGGUCAUAGGACACAUGAUCGUGAAUCUAAUGAUAAAUCCCAAGGCAGGUCUGAAAAUGUCACCGACAGCAAAAGAACAAAUCUUAAGACCAAGCGUACUUUUAAAAACGCGAGUCCUGAUAUUAUGUCGGAGGGUGACCCUCUUGAUUGUCUUUUUGGUUAUGCUCCUCCGGUGGAAGAGAUCCAUCAUUCAAAUUUCCCAAAUAAACCAUCAGGAAUACAUAAUCGGGCUCGUAGAAAAUCUCACCGUAGGCGUCGGAUGCAUAAUCAUGAGGACCUUUCAAACUCUGAGUCUGCAGCAGCUGUUUGACUAUCAUUUAACAUUUGCAGACGUUGAUGUUAGGAUUAUGCAAAUUGUGGUUUUCUUAAUAACGUAGGAUUAUGUAAAUUGUGGUUUUUUUAAUAACGUUCUGAUCAAUUUCCUUCUUGUCAAACAACAUUUCAGAAAAGAACAGUGUUAUUAUUAUGAUAAGUACCAUUUAAUAUGCCACAUUAUUAUGCGUCUGA